AUGGGCGAGCCGCCGGGUCCGCGAGGGUUGGCGCUCGUCCUAACGUGCGGGAGAGUGGUGUUGGCAGAUUAUCUGGUCGGUAUCGACGUUGGCGGCACGUUCACGGAUUUCGUGAGCUACAAUUCGAAGACCAGGGCGAUCGACGUGUGGAAGAUUCUGUCCACGCCGCACGACCCCAACGAAGGCGUCCUCGGCGGUCUCGGGCACUUCGAGGCACCGUCGGACAUCCGCAACAUCAGGCUCGGGACCACGGUGGCGACCAACGCGAUCCUGGAACGCAAGGGCGCCACGGUGGCCUACGUGACGACCGAGGGUUUUCGCGACAUCCCCUUCAUCCAGCGGGGCAACCGGCGCAGCCACUACGACAUCACCUGGAUCAAGCCGAAGCCGCUGGUCAAGCGGCGGCAUUGCUACGAGGUCAGCGAGAGGAUCAUGGCCGACGGCACGGUCCACGUGCCGCUCGACGAGGACGGGGUCCGCACCAUCGCGCAGCAGAUCAGGGAGGACGGCUCCAUCGAGGCGGUGGCCCUCAACUUCCUGUUCUCAUACGUGACCCCGGACCACGAACGGCGCGCCAAGGAGAUCCUGGAGGAAGAGCUGCCGGAUAUUCCGAUCUCCAUCUCCUACGACGUUCUGCCCAAGUGGAAGGAGUACGAGCGCGCGUCGACCACCAUCGCGGAUGCCUAUGUGAAGCCCGUGGUGAACAGCCAGAUCGCAAACCUGCGCGAGCGCUUCAAGGCGAGCGGGAUUACCGAUCAGGCCGUCGUCAUCAAGUCCAACGGCGGCGAGAUGACGCUCGAGGCGGCGCAGAGAACGCCGAUCCAGAUGACCGUCUCCGGCCCCACGGGCGGGGUGAUCGCGGGCAAGCACGUCGCCAAGCUGAGCGGCAUCAGCCAUCUUGUCACCCUCGACAUGGGCGGCACGUCGACCGACACCUCCACGAUUGUGGGCGGGAAGGAGAACUUCACCACCGACUAUGAAGUGGAGUUCGGUGUCCCCAUCCAGAUCCCGAUGAUCGACAUCCGCACCAUCGGUGCGGGCGGCGGCUCCAUCGCCUGGAUCGACAAGGGCGGCAUGCUGCGCGUCGGGCCCGAAAGCGCGGGCGCGAAUCCCGGCCCCGCCUGCUACGGCAGCGGUGGGGAGCGGCCGGCGGUCACCGACGCCAACCUGCUGCUCGGCCGGAUCAACCCGGAGAACUUCCUCGGCGGUGAAAUGGCCCUCGAUAUGCAGGCGGCGGAGAAAGCGCUCGCCAGCGUCGCCGGGCCGCUCGGGCGCACCGCGGAGGAGACCGCACUCGCGAUCGUGCAGAUCGCCAACAACAACAUGGUGGGCGCGCUGCGCUCGGUGCUGAUCGAGCGCGGUCUCGACCCGCGCGAUUUCGCACUGCUCGCCUUCGGCGGCGCCGGCCCGCUGCAUGCGGCCGACCUGAUGAACGAUGCCGGCAUCCCGUCGGGCGUCAUUCCCAACUACCCCGGCCACUUCUCGGCCUUCGGCUUCAUCCUCACCGACGCGCGCGUCGAUGUGCAGCGCACGGUGCAGAUGACGUCGAAGCGCUUCGAUCAGGACCGGGCGUCCGAGGUGAUGGCCGCGCUGAUCGAGACCGGCAUCGCCGAGCUGAAGGCGCAGGGCUACGUCAAGAACAUCGAAGAUCUACCGCUCGCUGGAGAUGCGCUAUCUCGGGCAGAACUACGAGCUGGAGAUCCCGAUCGCCUUCGAUUCCUUCACCGACGAGACGACGCCCAAGGUCUGGCAGGCGUUCCAUGA